AUGGAUUUUAACUCAUGGAACAUCUUCUGGAAAGCAUGUUUCACUUCAUUAGCGACUUUGAUCUUUGUUGGAAAUAUUCUCACCAUUUGGAUAUUCUCCAAGCAGAAACGUCACAAACGAACUUUCUCUCUUCUCAUUAGUUUGGCUGUAGCCGAUGUGUUGGUUGGGAUUUUGGCCAUCCCACUGUAUUUAAAAGUAAUGGUAUCAGAGGGAUACGCAUGGUACAUGAUUUCCAUCGUUACUGACGUAUUUACAGGCACAACGUCCAUCUACACUCUCGCUGUCAUUUCCCUGGAGAGAAUGUUCGCCGUUGGUUGGCCUCUUCGUCACAGAACUAUAAGCUUCCGUGUUUACAUCUUCGCUAUCAGCAUGCCGUGGAUCAUAGCGGUAAUGUUUACCACUUUGUGGAUAUUUCAGCAGUUUGAUAUGAUAGAGAGGAAGAUACUCUCUUACGUUAUUCCUUUGAUUUGUGGAAUCCCUUUGUUAACUACAUGUGUAGCAAACUAUGUUGUUUGGAAGAAGCAACAAACGUCAUUUCGCAGCCAGAAUCAUAUUAAAAGAGAGGUGAAAUUGGCGAAGACACUAGCUCUCAUAACAGCAACAUCACUUUUAACAUGGCUUCCUUUUCAAAUUAUAAACAUUUUAUUUACCUUGAAAGUCAUGGGAUAUUUCAAUUAUCGAGAGUUGACAGUCUUUAUCGUCAAACUUUUGCAGUUUAGCAAUUCAUUGGUGAACGUAAUGGUUUAUUCGUUCAGAAUCCCAGAAUUUAGGAGUGCUCUCCUUCAUAUACUUCCUUUCCGUGUAAGAUCAAGCGCUGAGGUGUCUCCAUCAUCUAGGAUCGGCUAA